AUGGAUAGAAAGAAGUUAUUAUUUGAAAGCCAUCUCAAAAAUAAUUCUUAAGAUCUUACAGUGGGGAUUCGAUAAGCAAAUGAUAUCCGAUCUAGGGGAGAUUCUAUAAAAAGAGGAAAUUCCAGAUAACAAUACUAAGUUAAUAAUAAAUCAUAUGAGAUAUCAACUAAAACUAGUGGAAGCUUUAUAAUCACAAAAGAAAAUGAUGUUUCUUAACUAAAAAAGAAAAUUGAUGAACUACAAUUUAGAAUAGAUUCCUAAGAUGCAAAAUUAAAAGCUAGAGACAAGGAGAUCGUCUAUUAAUAAUCUCAAAUCAAAUAAUUUGUUCUGGAAAUGAAUGAAGUCUAAAUUAUUGAAGACAAUUAUAAAGAAGAAAUAUCAGUUUUGAAUAAGGAAUUAUCAUAAUGGAAGGAGAAAUACUUUGCAAAUCUUAAAGAAUAUUAGUAUCGUUAAGCCCAUUUAUCUCGACAAUCUUAAUAGGAAUAAGCUUAAAUUCGAAAGAAAUACGAAGAAAUAAUCGAAUAAUAUUAGAGAGAAAUAGAAUCUAUUGAAAUUAGAUUUGAAAAUGAAAGAGAAAACCUUUAUAAAGCACUAGAUUUAUAAAACAUGACAAAUGAGAAAAACAAUGAAAUGAAUGAUUUGACAAUAAAACUAGAAGAAAGAGACGCUGAAACUCGUUAAUUACAAGAAUAAAUAUAAGAGUUAGAGAAAAAUACAGAGGAGUUAAAAUUAAAUCUUUAGUUGUAGACUUCUAAAUUGAAUGAACAAAUAAAAAAAUGCAAUAAUAUUGAAUAAUAAAAACAUCAAGAAAUUCAAAUUUUACAGAUUCAAUUACAAGGAAAAGAUAAAUAAAUCCAUACUUUACAAAUCUAAAUUGGAGAAUCAAAGAAAAAGACAAAUUAGCAAGAUUAGGAAAAAUUACAGCAUUUAGAAAAUCUUAAUAAUUAAUUUCUCUAAGAGAUAAGUUUAUUAGAAGAAGAAAAUGGGAAAUUAAAAUAGCAAGCAAAAGAAUUUUUGAAAGAAACAUCUUAUGAAAAAGAGAAUGACAACCUUUAAAUGAUAAUCUACGAACAGAAAAUUCAGAAUCAUGAUUUAAAAUAAUAAUUGAAGUUAUUUGAAGAUUAAAUUAAUUAAUUAAAAGUGGAAUAUUAGAAUAAUCCAAAAACUAAUUACCUUGAAUAAGAGAUAAAAGAUUAUGAAAGGAAGGUAAUAGAAUUAUAGGAAUAAAAUGAAAAACUUUUAAAUUAAUAAGUGGAUUUUGAAGAAAUUAAUGAAGAACUUAUGAUAAUAAAAAAGAAUAAUCAAGAAUUAAAAUAACAGCAUGCUGAAGGAUAUAAAGUUCUAGAAAGUAAAUGUAUGAAAAUUAAAUAAUAAGAAGCUGAAGUAAAUUAAUUGAGAUAAGAGAAUAUUAGAUUAUCAAAUUAAUAAUCAUAGUUAGUGGAAUUGGAAUAUAAAAUUAAUGAUUUGAAUUAGUAAAUAGAAUAAUUAAAUUUGACGAAUAAUUAAAAAGAUGUUGAGAUAUUAUAGUUGUUAAACAAACUAGAAAAGUAAAAUUAAAAUAUAAAAGAUUUUGAAAAAUUUAUAAUUUAAUAAAAAUCUGAAAAUAAAGAGUACUAAACUGAAAAAUCUUAAUUAAAAAAUCAUAUCAUUCAAUUAUAAAAUUAAAUUAAAGAAAUUUCGGAAGAAUUAUAAAAAUGUUAGAUAGAAAUUGAUGAUUUAACAAGGAUUCAUGAAGAGAAUCUAAUAAAAAUAAAUUCUUUAGAGAAGGAAAAAUAACAAAUAAAAAACAAUUUUGAACUUAAAUAAAAAGAAAUACAAAAAAUUGAAGAAGAAAAGUUAUCAAAUUUUACAUAAUUAGAAAAUGAAAAUUCAAAACUUUAUCAUUAGAGAAACAAAUUACAAGAAAAAAUAGGAGAAUUAGAAGAAGAAGUCAAUCAAAAAGUGAUAGAAAUCAAUUAACUGAAGGAGCAGAAUAAACAUCUUUUUGAUUAAAAUAAGCUUUAUUAAUCUGAAUAAGAAACUUAAGAAUCACAAAUAAUAAAAUCAAAUAUGAAAAUUUAAGAACUGGAAUAGAAUUUAGAAGCUUAAAAUUAAGGAAAUUAUCAAGAUGUUUUAUUAAAUGAGAAUGAAUUAUUAAAACAAAAAAAUUAAGAUCUAGAAAAUUUGUUGCAUUCAAACAGUAAUGAUGACGCUGAAAUAAUAGAAAAAUUGGAAAAAUAAUUUUUUGAUCAAAAACAGAAUAACGAAGAGCUAAAAUAAAAGGUUAAUGAAUUGUAAGCCGUAAAAGAUGACCUUUAGAAAAGUCUUGAGAAAAAGAGAGAAGAAAUAGAGGAAUUAUAACAAAAUUAAUUUAAAUAUAAUGGUAAAUUAGAAAAGUAAAUAGAUGAUUUGAUUAAUACAUAAAAAUUGAAGAUAAUAGAAAUAAGUGAAAAUUAAAAAAAAAUCGAAGAUUUAUAGUUAUCUUUAAUAGCAAAAGAUGAAUAAUUAAAAGUGCUUUAAUAAUAAGUAAUAAAAAAUGAUUUUAUAAAGAAAGAAGAGAUUGAGCAACUUAAAAUUAAAGUUAAUUAACUAAUAGAAUAGAUACAAUAGUUGAAAUAGGAAAAUUAGACUUAUGAGGUUUAAAUAAAAUAAAAAACAUUAGAAAUUUAAGAAUAUAAUUUAUAAGCACAAGUAAAAUAAGAAAAAUUAACAAAAGAUAUUAACGACUUAAAAAAUCAAACAAAUAAUACAAUAAAAAAUAAUGGGAAAAACGAAUAACAAUUGACCAAUUUAUAUAUACCUAAUAAUUAAAUAGAAAUAAAAUAAAACGGCACGUAGAAUGAAGAAAUUAGUUAGGAAAACGAAGAUUGUAGUAACUUUGAAUUAAGAAGCGGUCUUAAUUAAUAAGAAAAUGAUGAAGAAUAUUAAAAAAAGAGUGAAGAGAUUCCAAAAUAACUUAAAGAAAGAGGAUAAAAUGAGUAAGAGUAAUUAGAUUUAGGAUAAUAAAUGUCAUAUACAACAAUUAAUAAAAAUGAUGAUAAACUAAAUAAUAAAAUCAAUGAUAGACAAUUAAAUGAUACACAAGAUAUAGAUUAAUUACAGGAACCAGAAGUUAAAAUUGUUUAGAUGGUUUAAUAGCCUGAUAUAGAAUUAGAUUAACAAAAAGAAGAUGAAUAGAAUUUUGAACUUAGGAAUUAAUAAAGGUAAGAUGACAAUUCAGAAUCAGAAUAAUAAUUAAAAUGUUGA